CAGUUCGUGAAGUGUAAGUUCUGUUGCUUGACAGUUUAAAGAUGAUGACUUCUUUAGAAACUGAAGUGGAGAAAUUAGAAGAAAAAGGUACGGAAGAUACCGCGAUUUUAGAAGUGAGUACAGUUGCAGUUGGAAGUAUUGUCAAACAGGAAAGCCGCGAUGCAGACUUUUUCUCAAAUUGCAGUAACUCCAUUGAAGGUUCUGUGAUAGCAUCCCCUUCCAUUGAUAGUUUCUCUACUCUACCUGAACAAGAGAUAUCAGACUUUCAAAUAGAUCCUCGAGACCUACAAGUAAAAGUAGACAAUCCUCAAAAACAUCUUGAAACACUUGAAACUUAUAUUACUUUUCGUAUAACAACAAGGUCCACAAGACCAGAAUUUGAGGAGGGAGAAUACAUUGUUCGAAGACGUUACAAUGAUUUUAUUUGGUUGCGACAAAAAUUGGUGGAUUUAUAUUCAACGCAUAUUAUACCACCAAUGCCUGGAAAACAUACAUUGCUCGCCCAAUUAGAUCGUUAUUCUAAGGAAUUUAUUAUAGCACGUAUGAAACUGUUACAUGUAUUUCUUAACAGAGUUGUUAAUCAUCCGAUUCUUAGCUGUGACAAAAAUCUGCACAUUUUUUUGACUACUAAACCUGCUGAAUUCCUUGUACAUCGUAAAAAUCGUGCAAAUGUUCUUGUCAAAAUGACUGAUUCUUUACAAAAUAUAGCAAGCACGUAUACUAUGAAACAACGUCAGUUUGAAUUUGAGCAAAUUCGAGAUUAUUGUACAGCCCUUAGUGAGAAAUUAGGAACUAUAGAUAAAAUAAAUCAUUGUAUACACAAGGAGAGACAAGACUAUUUGCUUGAGCUGCAUCAGCUGCAUCCAAUAUUUACCUUAUGGGCAACUUCUGAACCGGAACUCGCCCCUAUUCUACUAGCAAUUGCCAAAGCAAUAGAUUGUAAUGCAAUGGCUCACCAGAAGCUUCUAGAAAGCGUUCCGAAUGAAGAGCGAGAGUAUAUUUCAUAUAUAGAUGCAGUUAAAAGUGCAUUAUCUCGACGCGAUUCGAUGCAAAUCAAAUAUGAAAUGACUGUCGAAGACUUAGCAAAGAAAAGACUAGAGAAAGAUCAGCUAAUGGGUCUUACAAGUGGCGCAACAUCAACACAAAAUUGGGGUGGAUCGCUAUGGAAGGCUGAAUCUCGCGAUGAAAAGCUGGAAAGACUUGGACAAACAAUACCACGAUUGGCUAAACAAGCGGAAGUGUUGCAGGAUCGCGUGGAAUGUGCUAAUGAAAAUUUGCGCAGUGAUUUACAAAGAUGGAACGUGGAGAAACAAAUGGAUUUAAAGAAUAUGUUAAUCUCAACGGCAGACCGACAAAUCCGACAUUACCAACAAUGUAUGAACGCAUGGGACGAAGUUCUUGCAGAUUUGAAAUUAGAUGGAGUAGGAUCUGAUCUUAGCGUAGGACCACCUAUAAAAAUACCUGUUUGAAUUGCUACAACUUUCGUUGGACACAUCUACACACAGUAAACAUCUCGUACAAUUACAAAGGUAAAAACGUAAACACAAAAGACGUUUGCCAUUAAUGACGAAAAUUUUAUUGCAUUUAAGAAACUGACCUUAUCAGCUUCAAUGUCUCUGCUUCAGCAAUUAAAUAACUUUAUCUCUUAAGUCUUAAAUGUUCUUUGUUGAAAGUUACAAUCAGUACUUACAUAAAUUACAAGUGCAUUCGUUAGACGCACAUGUUACACAUUUAUAUAAUGUAUUCACAUAGUUUUCAGAUAUAAAAAGUUCAUGGUGAAAUGGCUUUAUAAUACAAGAUCAUGAAAUGACAUGAAAAAUUAAAUUAAAAUGUUUAAUCCUAUAAAUAUAGCUAGGGCAAAUUUCGGCAUAGAAUCAAUUAAGAUCUUAAGAUAUAUUUUCCUUUAGAUCACCAGUUAAGUUUGGGACCAAGUACUAAAUGAUUUUUACGAUUUGUUCUUUCUCUUAAUUUGAAUCACGUACAAUACAUUCAUUGACAAUCAGUGUUUAGUCAUCUAUAUCCGGUAGUUACCAAAGUUAUCUAUAUAUCAUAGAUAGUCAACGUAGCAUAGUGCUAGAAUAUAAUUUACAGAUCGGAGCAAACGCUUGCAAUGUUCGUUGUAUCGUUAAUCAGUACACUUAAUCUACAUCAUUAAGUUUUGGACAAUCCACGCAGCAGCACUUAACAAUCAACUUAUACAACGGUAGUCUCGUGAAAAAAGCACAUAAUCUAUACAACGUAGUAUAUCUGCUGUUGUUCGCGCUUGGAACUAACGAUUCUUGAGAUAGUUAUGUAUACUAUAUAUAGUAUUUACGUUUCCAAUACAUUCAUUACAUUGUACACGUUAUCUUAUUG